AUGUAUUUCGCAUACAUGUUGUUGGUGCAGUUAAAAGGGGGAAGCUUCGAGGGAGGCGUCAUUUUCUCGUUCAGUGGAAAUCUGGACACCGAGACGACUGCCAUGAAGCUUCGUGCUAAACACACGUGUGUCCUUCUGACGACGGUGAUAUUCCUCCGUGUCGCUGCAGACCUACACGCUCCAGAAGUACACACAAAGCUUGGGACCCUACGAGGUCAGUAUGUGAGUGUAAAGGGGAAGGAGUCCGGGGUCCAUGCCUACCUGGGUGUCCCAUUUGCCCAGCCACCCAUAGGCCCUGCUCUGAGACUGGCUGCACCCCAGCCUGUAAAGGGGUGGGAGGGAAUGAGAGACGCCACCCAGCAGCCACCCAUGUGUAUUCAACUUAGAAAUGUAUCUAUAGAUCUGCUUGAUAAAUUAGGUGGCAUGUUGGUUGAGCUCCCAGAGAUUUCAGAGGACUGCCUUUACCUCAACAUUUACACUCCUGCAAAGAAAGCCGUCAGUACCAAGCUCCCAGUCAUGGUCUGGAUCCAUGGUGGAGGGUUUGCCAUUGGGUCAGCUUCAAUGUAUGAUGGCUCAGUCCUGGCUGCAUACCAGGACGUGGUUGUGGUUCUGAUCCAGUACCGCUUGGGACUUCUGGGCUUUCUAAGCACUGGAGAUGAGCACAUGUCGGGGAACUUUGGAAUGUUGGACCAGGUACAAGCUCUGAGGUGGAUCCAGCAGCACAUUCAUAACUUUGGAGGAAACCCCAAUUUAGUCACCAUAUUUGGGGAGUCUGCUGGUGGAGUGAGUGCAUCCCUCCUGCUUCUCUCGCCGUUGUCGGAUGGCCUGUUCCACCAUGCCAUUGCUGAGAGUGGCACUGCUGCAAUGGAUAUACUCAUCGCAAAUGAGCCGCUCCCAGUGACGCAGGUGGUUGCAAAUAUGUCUGGCUGUAGCAUCGAAAGCACCAAGAAGAUCGGGGAUUGUAUGAGAAACGUUGAUCUUAAAACAAUUCUGGAUAUUGUGGAGAAUCAACAAUUGAGAAUUACUCUAAUUGUCGACGGCGUCUUCUUGACAAAAUCUGUGGAUGAGCUGUUUCGUACACAUGAACUGCUCACGAUACCAUUCAUGACCGGCGUCAAUAAUGAUGAAGGGGGCUGGUUACUUUCUAACAUAUUUGCUCCUCCAAACUGGACGGAGGGAAUGGAUCGGGAGCACAUCAUGAACUUGCUGAACAUGUUCUACCCCGAUCCUAAAGACGCGAUGUUCAGGGAUUUGUUAGUAGAUGACUAUAUUGGAAGUGGUGAAGAUCGUGUGAAAAAUAGAGAUGGGUACACCCAGAUUAUUGGCGACAUGAUGUUCACCCUUCCAGCCAUUAGGACGGCUAAUGUUCACAGAGAUGCAGGUGCCCCCGUGUACCUGUAUGAGUACCAGCAUUCUCCAAGAUCCAUGCAGACAAGAAGGCCAAGCUUUGUUGGCAGCGACCAUGGCGAUGAAAUCCUUACUGUAUUCGGAUUCUGCUUCACAACUACCCAUGUCACAUUAACCGAGGCAUGCCAUGAAGAGGAGGAACAGCUGAGCAGAACCAUGAUGAGCUACUGGGCAAACUUUGCUCGCACAGGGUCUCCCAAUGGUGACGGCCUGGUCCACUGGCCAAAGUAUGGAGCAGAAGAAGACUACUUGUCAAUUGAUGUAAACGAGCAGGUAACUGGUCAGCACCUGAAGAAGGACAAGUUUGUCUUCCUGACUCGGACACUCCCGGAGAAGAUCCGACAACACAAGGAGAAAGAGGAGCGCAACGAGCUCUAAAGCCACUGCUCCUCCAUUUAUAAUUGUUUUUAUUGAUUCCAUCUUCAACCACAAACUUGAGAUGUAUUGUUCUGAAUUUGUUCAACUUAUGUGAUUGAUUUUCAAAUUGCAUCUGAACUUUAAAAAAAAAAGCUGCACGUAAAGUGGCAGUAGGGAGUCAAACCUUAUUUGGGAGAAUACUUUUUAUCGCCACUGUGUAUUUUGAACAUCAGUUUGAAUCCAAGGUAGAUGGCCACAGGGAAUACUUCUUUUAAAAUAUAAAUAGCCAGAGAGGAAAUAUGUAGCAGAAGGACACCAAGUCAUGAGAUACCUUCUGUGUUUGGCCACGUGAUUAUUCCAAUGUAAAAUAAAACAAUUAUUGUGAAAUGA